AUGGGACAAACUAUCACCACCCCCAAAAGUUUAACUUUGCAGCACUUCAAGGAAGUCCGUGACAUCGCCCACAAUCUCUCGGUGGAAGUGCGGAAAGGAAAGUGGGACAUCUUCUGCUCAUCUGAAUGGCCCACCUUUGACGUGGGCUGGCCACGAGAUGGCACCUUUAACCUAGAUAUUAUUUUGCAGGUGAAGGCCAAAGUCAUGAAUCCUGGGCCCCAUGGGCAUCCAGACCAAGUCCCUUAUAUCAUCACGUGGGAAUCUCUGGUCAAGGACCCCCCACCGUGGGUGAAGCCCUUCUUGCCUCCCCCUUGCCCAAAACCCACUCCUUCUGCCCCCUCUCUCCCGCCUCCAUUAGUUCCUACCCCAGUUAACUCCACCCUUUACCCAGUCUUUAUGAAACCUACUCCAGAAAAGGACCCUAGCCACAAGAAGACACCCCUGGUCCUGCCGGCGGAUGAUGACCCUCUACUGGACCUGAUGACCGAACAACCCCCUCCUUACCGGGGCCCAAACCCAGCACAGGAACCAGAGGAGGCAACCACCAGAGGGGGACCCCAGGGAGAGCCUCCCUCGUCCCCGGUGGCGGGACGCUUAAGGGGAAGACGGGAAGUCACUCCCGACUCCACAUCCCAGGCCCUACCGCUACGGAUGGGGCCUGAUCGCCAGCUCCAAUAUUGGCCCUUUUCUGCGUCUGAUUUAUAUAAUUGGAAAAAUAAUAACCCUGCUUUUUCGAAGGAUCCCUCUAGGCUCACUGCAUUGAUCGAGUCUAUUUUAGUGACUCACCAGCCCACCUGGGAUGAUUGCCAACAGCUGCUCCAGACGCUGUUGACCACUGAGGAAAAGCAGCGGGUUGUCAUAGAGGCGCGUAAAAAUGUUCCAGGAGACGAUGGACAACCCACCCAGCUGCCACACAGAAUAGAUGCGGCUUUUCCCUUGGAGCGACCGGAUUGGGACUUCUCCACUGAGCGCGGUAGGGAAUGCCUACGUCAAUAUCGCCAGUUGCUCAUGGCGGGUCUCCGUGGGGCCGCAAAGCGCCCAACUAAUUUGGCCCAGGUUAAAUUAGUGACUCAAAAGUCUGAAGAAUCUCCUUCUGCCUUCCUAAAACGCCUCAAGGAGGCAUACCGUGUGUAUACUCCCUACGAUCCAGAUAGUCCGGAUCAGGCAACUAACUUAGCCAUGUCUUUCAUUUGGCAGUCAGCCCCAGAUAUUAGACGGAAGUUAGAAAGACUUGACAAUUUAAGAGAAAAUACAGUGCAGGAUUUGCUGAAGGAGGCAGAGCGGAUUCAUAACAAGAGAGAGACACAGGAAGAAAGGGACGAAAGGCUGAAGAGAGAGGCAGAAGAAAGGGAGAAUGUCAGGGAGCGGAAGAGAAAUAAAGAGUUUAGCAGGUUGUUGGCCACUGUAGUGACAGAACAAAGGCAGAGUAGACAGGACCUGGGAGGCCGUAGGGGUCCCCGACUGGACAAGGAUCAAUGCGCCUACUGCAAGGAAAGAGGGCAUUGGGCCCGAGACUGUCCCAAGAAGCCAAAGGGCCACCAAAAGGGACCUCAAAGACCCAAGCCUCAGACCAAUUUGCUCAAUCUGGAAGACUAG